GGGAAGUUUUCCAUGAUGGAAGAAAAACAGGGAAAUAUCACCAUAACAAUAAGAAACAUAACAGCAGAAGACGCUGGGACAUACUGGUGUGGAGCAGAGAGUACUGACAAGGGACGCAGCAACCCAUUCUUCAACAGAUUUGUGAUGUCAGUUGUCAUACAACCAACAACAGCCACAUUUCCUGUUUCUUCAACCCAGUCAACUACUGCAUCCGCUCAGAGUCUUGGUGGUGCUCAUGUCGUCAUUAUUGUAAUCGUCUGUGUAUCUGUGUUGCUGCUGCUGAUGCUGUUUGGGCUCAUUUUGAUCCUUAUCUACAAACGCCAUUUAAAGAGCAGAGCAGCAGCACAGCACAUUAAAGAUGAAUAUAUCUACGAGGAGAUACAGGAGCACCGGCAGGAGCCAAACUCAGGAACUGCUAUGAACACAAUUAAUGUCACCGCCAACUUUCCCACAAACCCCUCUGCCUCGCUGCAUUACUCUACCAUCAACUUUCAAAACUGCCCUGGCAAUGGUCAGGCACUGUUCGCUGGGUCCAGCUCCUCUGCCUGUGAAUAUUCUACUGUGAAGAACAGCCAAAGUCCAAUCUCCUCUACUGUCAACCAGCCCUCUUCAGAGGACCCUCUCUACUCAACAGUCAACAAGCCUCAGGAGGAAUGAAAACAGACCAGUCAGUCAGACAGGAAUUUAUUCCUGAUUUCAAGAUUUUUGGUCAUUUGGUGUUGUUGUUGUUGUUGUUUACAAUCCAUCUAAGACUUCAGGAUUUACACCAAGAUAUUUAGAGGAUGUUAGAGCUGCACAGAUGCAUCGACACAACAGAUUUUCAGAAAAUGCAUAUUGCUGUUUGUAACAAGAAACUGUAGUGCAGAAAUGGCAAAGCUAAUGUUUGAUGUUUUGACAGUUCGUCUGACAGUGACAUGGAUCCAUGGAUGUCACUUUGGUCCAUACUGAAUUAUCUCAACAACUAUUGGAUGGAUUGUCAUGAAUUUGUUUUUGUUUUUUUUACAGAAUUGUUAUUUUGAACAUAGCUUCGUUGUCUCAUCUUUUCCUCUAGUGCUCCCAUGAGGUUGACAUUUGUGGUUCUGAGUGAAUGAUAUUUUUAAAAACUGGAUAGGCUGCCAUUCAAUUUUGUUCGGACAUUUUUCUAACUUAAGUAAUUCCCUGACCUUCAUCUAGUGCCAUGACCAGGCCAAAUGUCACCAAUACUUUAUGACUAAAAAACCUCACAAUUACUUGAAUCACAAUUUCAAUAUGAUUUAGUGCAAUAACUAGAUCACAGGAUGGUGCAAUAUUUCUUAAAUGCAAAAUACAUGUAUAUGACAAAAUAAUGUCUGAAUUAAGUAUUGUUGUGCUGCAAGAUGUACCUGCCUACGAAUCAUUUACUAGUCUUUAGAAAUUAUGUUUAGUCGAGAUCUUCACAAGAAAAAAAAUCUACCUUAAAAAAAAAAAUCACACUUUCAUGUGAUACCAUCUCACCACACAAUCAGCCGCAGAUGUAUGUCAUAUUGUAUAUAAAGUAUACACCAUGUGCAGUAAGUUAUGUCCAUGUCACAUCAUGUUGUUUCAUCUUUUUGAAAAACAA